AUGUUGUCCAGAGAGUUCUGCGGAAUUCUGAUGUUGGCAGCCACUGGGCUUUGUGUCACUGGGGAUAUGGUCACCAGCAAGCUGAUUGAGGCCUCCAAGUGGCCAUAUUGGUAUUUGGUCGCAGGAUCCUGUUUGGUGGCCUCCAUUUGUAACGGCCUGGCUGUCUACUGGUUCCGUUGGGAGUUGCCGACUCGCGCUGACUUGAAGUGGGUGAUCUCUCGAUCAUUGCUGGAGGACUUGCAUUGGUAUUUGGCAGUGGUGGCAGUCAUCAUCGGUGCCUCGCCGGGAGACGUGGCGGCGUUGACCUCGAUCGACAUCAUCGCGGCCGCCCUCUUUGGGCUGAUCUUCCUGGGCGAGAAGUUGACGAUUUGGCACUUCGCAGCGCUCACCCUGUCCGUAGCCGGGGCCAUUUGCAUCUCACAGCCAGAAUUCAUUUUCGGCUUUCCAGAAGGCAAGCACCACAGCCCUGUGGGCUACAUCAUGGCUUUGCUCUCGGGUUGCUUCCAGGCGGGUUCCUUUGUUUGUGCACGGAAAUCUGCUCAUCUCUCCAUUGGGGUCUUGACCUUCAGCAGCCUGCUGCUAGCAGUGCCGAUGGCCUUGGUCCCCCCCGGGGCCACAACCGAACAUACCAAGAAGAAGUUUCCAGAUUCCCUAAGCCUUUGGGGCUCAGGUCAUCAUGCGACCUUCGAGCCUUUGGCAGAGGAGCCCUGGACCGCCAUGGGACUCCUGGUGCUCAUCAGCCUUUGGACCAUGUCUGCAGUGGCCCUCCCAGCUGCUGGCGCCACCCGAUGCCCAGCGGCCGUGAGCGCCACCGUCUUCACCUCCGCCUGCAUGGUGUCAGGCUACCUAGCGCAGAUGAUCUUUUUCAAAGAGAUUCCGCAAGCACUCACGCUGAUUGGUGCUGGAUGUAUGCUCGUGAGCGUGGUCAUCAUGGCCAUGCCUUCUACAGAGCCUUCUACAGAAACUGAAACGGAGGAAAAGGCUGCUGCCGCCCCAUCAGCGGCCUCUGUGGCAGCGACCGAGGAGGCCCAGGCCCCUUCAACAGAGGAUGAUGAGACGAUGAGCCUUGGUUCCUUCGUUGCUUCUGAAGUCUCGUUCUGCUCUUCCUCCGUCCGUCAUCGCUGGAGCCGCCGACGCUUGACGCAGCCAGAAGUGCUGGCGCAGAGCAUCGGGGCAGCGUGGCCGGUGGUUUCGAUGAGCGCAUGA